UUUAUAAAAGCCUCCGGGUUGAAGUGAACCUCAGAGAAACUCCAGUGAAGGAAGAGACGACCUGCAGAGAUGGACUACUUCUUCUAUUUCUCCAUUCAAACAUGGACUCUGCUGAUCGCCUUCGUCACACUCUUUUUUGUCUACGCCAACUGGACAUAUGGGGCAUUUAAGAAGAUGGGCAUUCCUGGUCCCAGUCCUGUCCCUUUGUUUGGCACUAUGCUGGCAUAUAGAAAGGGAUUCACCAAAUUUGAUCAGCAGUGCUUUAACAAGUAUGGAAAACAUGGGGGUAACAUCUUCGACGGCCGUCAGCCCGUGCUGUGUAUCACAGACCCUGGCAUGAUAAAAACUGUUUUGAUAAAGGAGUGUUACUCUCUCUUCACCAAUCGCAGAAAUUUCCAUCUGAAUGGGCCGCUGUAUGAUGCUGUGUUCAAUGCAGAGGACGAACAGUGGAGGAGGAUUCGUAGCAUCCUCUCUCCAUCCUUCACUUCAGGAAGACUGAAAGAGAUGUUUGACAUCAUGAAACGGCAUUCUGCUAACAUGAUGAGCAGCUUUACAAAGAAAGCAGACAAGGAUGAACCAAUAGAGCUGAAGGACGUCUUUGGAUCCUUCAGCAUGGACAUAGUUACCAGCACAGCCUUUAGUGUUGACAUCGACUCUCUCAACAACCCUUCCGACCCCUUUGUCGCCAACAUUAAAAAGAUGCUGAAGUUUGACCUUUUCAGCCCUCUCCUCGUCAUUAUUGGGUUCUUUCCUUUCAUGGGUCCCAUUUUUGAAAAAAUGGAGCUUUCCUUUUUCCCUAAAUCUGUGACAGAUUUCUUUUAUGCCGCACUGCAGAAGAUCAAGUCAAGUCAUGCUAACGGCAAACAAAUGAAUCGAGUGGACUUCCUUCAGCUGAUGAUUGACUCCCAGAAAAACAGCGGCCCCAGUGAAGCAGAUCAGGAUAAAAGUUUAACCGAUCAUGAGAUCCUCUCCCAGUCAAUGACUUUCCUCUUUGCUGGCUAUGAAACAACCAGCAGCACUCUGACUUUCUUGGCUUACAACCUGGCAAAAAAUCCCGACGUCAUGAAAAAGUUGCAGCAUGAGAUUGACACCACCUUCCCUAACCAGGCUCCUAUCCAGUACCAACCACUGAUGCAGAUGGAGUAUCUGGAGGGUGUUAUCAACGAGUCCCUCCGCCUGUACCCCAUUGCUCCACGUGUGGAGCGUGUUGCCAAAGCAACUGUGGAGAUCAACGGCAUCGUGAUUCCAAAAGGGAUGGUCGUCAUGGUUCCCACGUGGCCGAUGCACCGGGACCCCGAUGUGUGGCCUGAACCCGAGAAAUUCAAACCGGAGAGGUUCUGCAAGGAAAACAAAGACUCCAUUGAUCCGUACACCUACAUGCCGUUUGGGUUGGGGCCGAGAAACUGCAUUGGGAUGCGGUUUGCUUUGGUGAUGAUUCGCCUUGCCCUGGUGGAGAUCCUCCGGAAGUACAACUUCACCGUGUGUAAAGAGACUGAGAUCCCCUUGGAGUUGGACAUUCAGGGUCUAGUGGCUCCAAAACGUCCCAUCAAACUGAAGCUGACGCUACGUUCUUAACCUUCCAGCUAGAAAAAAACAAAACAAAAACAACACAAAAGAUUUAAACUGAGAUGUGUACAUAAAAGCACCAUGUAAACAUUUCAAUACAACAGCACAGUUGUGUGUGACUCUAUAUCACCUCAUCCUCACCUUGGAGGCAAAUAAAACUCCAAUUUACAAUGAA